AUGACGACUCCGACUCGUGACACCGAUCAGACCAGAUCCUCUAAUCCUCACCGCCGACGAACUCUCCGAUCAGACCAGAUCCUCUUCCGCCGCGCCUCCUCCACUUCCGCAUCUCCUCUUUCACACGAGAUGAUAGAAAAGAAAGUAAGAUGGUAUUGGGGAGGGGGAGGGGGAGGGGAGAACAUCCAAGAAGGUAACAAUUUUUUCAAAAGUGUGAGCUACACUCUAGAGAUAUUCUCAUCUGCUCCAUUCGCUGACGAGAAAGAGACUCUCCGAUCAACCGAAGCUCAGAUAGUGUCAAAAAGAAGCAAGCUAUUGAAGUUUUAA